CUCGCGGGUCCGGGCGCGGGCGCGCUUCGCGGCCUUUAGCUGGCCGAGUCCCGGGCCUCCUGCGGUGGGCGCGACCCUGCGCCUCGGCGGCCAUGGACUCCAAGGGGCUGCAGACGUUGAUUAAUUAUUAUUGUCAAGAGCGGUAUUUCCAUCAUGUGUUACUUGUUGCCAGUGAAGGAAUGAAGAGGUAUGGCAGUGACCCCGUCUUCAGGUUUUAUCAUGCCUAUGGUACACUGAUGGAAGGUAAAAUUCAAGAAGCUCUUCGAGAAUUCGAGGCUAUUACAAAUAAACAAGAUGUAUCACUUUGUUCACUAAUUGCACUGAUAUAUGCACAUAAAAUGAGUCCUAAUCCAGAUAGAGAAGCUAUUCUGGAGUCAGAUGCCAGAGUGAAGGAACAACGUAAAGGAGCUGAUCAGAAAGCUUUAUACCAUGCAGGCCUGUUUUUAUGGCAUGUUGGACGUCACGAUAAGGCGAGAGAAUACAUUGAAAGAAUGAUAAAGAUGCCCAACAGUAGCAACGAGGGACAAAUUCUGAAAGCAUGGCUUGAUAUUACAAGAGGAAAAGAACCUUAUGCUAAAAAAGCACUAAGAUGCUUUGAAGAGGGAUUACAGGACGGAAAGGAUAUUUUUGCUCUGCUGGGUAAGGCACAAUGCCUUGAGAUGCGCCAGAAUUAUUCCAGUGCUCUAGAGACUGUGAACCAGAUAAUCGUGAACUUUCCAAGCUUCCUUCCUGCUUUUAUAAAGAAAAUGAAGUUACAACUAGCCUUGCAGGAUUGGGACCAGAUGGUUGAGACAGCACAAAGAUUGCUGCUUCAAGAUAAUCAAAAUGUGGAAGCACUGAGAAUGCUGGCUCUUUACUCUUUGUGUAGGGAAGGCAAUAUAGACAAGGCUGCCAACAAGCUGGAAAACUUAGAAAAUGCAUUGGAUAUCGUGGAACCACAGAAUCCUGAACUUUUUUAUAAGAUUACAAAAUCCUUUACUCGAAGUAUAGGUGCUUGACUUGUAAUCUAACUCAGUGUUUUCUCUUUUUAGUGUGGACGUAGUCAGCUUAUUCUUCAAAAAGUUCAAGCGUUGCUAGAAAAAGCUUUUAGCUUAACCCCUCAGUCAUCGGAAUUUGCUGCAGAAAUUGGAUACCAAAUGAUUUUACAAGGAAAAGUUAAAGAGGCGUUGACAUGGUAUCAGACUGCAAUGACCCUCGAUAACACCAGCAUCUCCGCACUUAUCGGAUUCAUCCGCUGUCAGUUAAUGGAUGGGCAAUUCCAGGAGGCAGAUCAGCAGCUAGAAUUCCUCAGUGAAGUUCAGCAGUCCAUGGAGAAAUCUGCGGAUUUAAUCUAUUUACAUGCAGUUCUUGCUAUGAAGAAAAAUAAGCAAGAAGAAGAAGUUGUAUGUUUAUUAAAUGAUGUUUUGGACACUCAUUUUUCACACUUAGAAGAGUUGCCUCUUGGCAUACAGUAUUUUGAGACUUUAAAUCCUGAUUUCUUACUAGAAGUUAUUACAGAGUAUCUGAAUUUCCGUCCAAUGCUGGCUACAAGUCCAGGGCAACCACUGGCUCCCUUCCUCAGACGUUGUAUGUGGGUCCUAGAGAUCAUAGUGAGAACCGUACCAGGUCUUCUGCAAGCUUUCUUCCUGCUAGCAAAAGUGAAGUAUUUGUCAGGUAAUACUGAAGCAGCAUUUAGUAACCUCCAGCAUUGCCUAGAUCACAGCCCCGCUUAUGCUGAUGCUCAUCUCCUGAUGGCUCAGGUUUAUUUGUCUCAAGAAAAGUUCAAAUUGUGUUCUCAGUCUCUUGAACUUUGCCUGAGCUAUAAUUUUAAUGUGAGAGAGUACCCUUUGUAUCAUCUGAUAAAAGCUCAGUCACAAAAGAAAAUGGGAGAAAUAACAGAAGCAAUUAAAACUCUGCACAUGGCAAUGAAUUUACCAGGAAUGAGGAGAACUGGAGUGUCUUCAAAAUCAAAAUACAGAAAAACUGAAGUUGACAUGGGCCAUCGUUCAUCAAUUUUUCUUGAAUUAGUGGACGUUCACCGCUUAAAUGGAGAACAGCAUGAGGCAGCAAAGGUUUUACAAGAUGCCAUCUGUGAGUUUUCUGGCACAUCUGAAGAAUUACGAGUCACUAUUGCUAAUGCAGACCUCGCUCUGGCCCAAGGAGAUGUAGAACGGGCUUUAAGCGUUCUUCGAAAUGUCACGGCCGAGCAGCCUUACUUCAUAGAGGCCAAAGAAAAAAUCGCCGAUAUUUAUCUGAAGCAUAGAAAAGAGAAAAUAUUAUACAUCACUUGUUACAGAGAAAUUGCUGAAAGAAUGCCCAGCCCUCGAUCUUUUCUUCUUCUUGGUGAUGCAUAUAUGAAUAUUCAAGAGCCUGAAGAAGCUAUAGAAGCAUAUGAACAAGCAUUAAAUUUGAACCCAAAAGAUGGAACAUUAGCAAGCAAAAUUGGGAAAGCAUUAGUCAAAACUCACAACUAUUCAAAGGCAAUCACUUACUAUGAGGCUGCUCUGAAAAGUGGACAACAGAAUUAUCUUUGCUAUGACCUGGCUGAGCUUUUAUUAAAACUGAAGCUGUAUGAAAAAGCAGAAAAAGUUCUUCAACAUGCGCUAGCUCAUGAACCUGUAAAUGAACUGUCAGCUCUCAUGGAAGAUACACGUUCUCAAGUUCUGCUGGCGAAAGUUUACAGUGAAAUGGUGAGAGCUGGAGAUGCAGUCACUUCGCUGCAGCAGGCUCGAGAAUUACAAGCUCGGGUAUUAAAACGUGUUCAGAUGGAACAGCCAGAUGCAGUGCCUGCACAAAAACAUUUAGCAGCUGAAAUUUGUGCAGAGAUUGCGAAACAUUCUGUUGCUCAGCAAGACUAUGAGAAGGCAAUUAUGUUUUAUAGAGAGGCUCUGGUUCAUUGUGAAACAGAUAAUAAGAUAAUGUUGGAACUGGCACGAUUAUACCUGGCCCAAGGUGACACUGAUGCCUGCCUGCGACACUGUAUGAUGCUUCUGCAGAGUGACCAAGAUAACGAGGCUGCCACCAUGAUGAUGGCUGAUAUCAUGUUCAGAAAACAAGACUAUGAGCAAGCUGUGUUUCAUUUACAGCAACUUUUAGAACGUAAACCAGAUAAUUACAUGACUUUAUCUCGUUUGAUUGAUCUUCUAAGAAGAUGUGGAAAAUUUGACGACGUCCCAAGACUUUUCGUAAUGGCUGAGAAACGUAACUCCAGAGCAAAAGUAGAGCCAGGAUUUCAGUACUGUAAAGGACUAUAUCUUUGGUACACUGGAGAACCAAAUGAAGCCCUUCGACAUUUUAAUAAAGCUCGGAAAGACAGCGAAUGGGGCCAAAAUGCCCUUUAUAAUAUGAUAGAAAUCUGUUUAAAUCCAGACAAUGAAACUAUUGGAGGUGAAGUGUUUGAAAACCUGGAAGGAGACCUGGGUAAUUCAACUGAAAAGCAAGAGUCUGUGCAGUUAGCAGUGAGAACUGCAGAAAAACUCCUUAAAGAACUAAAGCCUCAGACUAUUCAGGGUCACGUACAGCUUCGCAUAAUGGAAAACUAUUGCUUAAUGGCUACCAAACAGAAACCUAAUGUUGAGCAAGCAUUAAAUACCUUCACCGAAGUAGCAAAAUCUGAGAAUGAUCAUAUCCCAGCACUCUUGGGAAUGGCAACAGCUUAUAUGAUCUUGAAACAGACACCAAAAGCUAGAAAUCAGCUGAAACGAAUUGCAAAAAUGAACUGGAAUCCCAUUGAUGCCGAGGAGUUUGAGAAGAGUUGGCUUCUGCUUGCUGAUAUUUAUAUUCAGUCAGCAAAAUAUGACAUGGCAGAAGACCUAUUAAGACAGUGCCUGCGUCAUAAUAGAUCUUGCUGCAAAGCUUAUGAAUAUAUGGGAUACAUCAUGGAGAAGGAGCAAGCGUACUCAGAUGCUGCCUCCAACUAUGAGAUGGCAUGGAAGUAUGGCAACCAGACCAACCCAGCAGUGGGAUACAGACUGGCAUUUAAUUACUUAAAAGCAAAGAGAUAUGUGGAUGCAAUUGAUAUAUGUCACCAGGUUCUUGAAGCACAUCCAACAUACCCAAAAAUCAGGAAGGAUAUACUUGAUAAGGCCCGUGCAUCUUUAAGACCUUAAAAAUAAUGGUUUUAAUUGACAUUAUUGGCUAAGCAGGGAAGAAAAGGAAUCAACAUUGAGUACUUCCAGUUCAAGAUGGAUUUGAGCGAAUGCUUUGUAAUACAGCAUAUUUGUCUUUCUCCAGCAGAGGCUGCUACUGUAUAUGGAAAGACACUGGUGUUUUCUAAUAGAGAAGUUAAGGAAAACUACUAGUUUUUGAUUAGGUGCAAUUUAGCAGCUCUCAAAAG